GAAUGGCAUCCUAGUCAUAUCUGGAGAUAAAGCUGUAUCAUACAAGCCAGGCAAGGGUGGUUAGAAAGGGUGGCCUGAAAGUACAAUCUGACUGCAGCUCGGCGGCAGUUAACAUAUUAGAAGAACGAGGUGCCCAAUGAAUGGGUUCUUAUAAGCAUCGCAGCUCUUAUUUUUUUUCUCUUGUGAAGGAGCCUGAUCAGUAAAUCCUAAAAUGGACAGUGCGAGAUCAAUUGUUUCGAACUUGUUUGGAAAUGAGCCAAGAUCGUACACCCGCUUCAGCCUAGCCCGUCAGAUAGAUGGUGACGGCAGCCGAGUAGAGAUGAAACUCGCUGGAAACGAGAACGAUGAGGAGGUCGGGGAGGUAAUGGCGGACGGGAUGGAUACUCGCAUAGAGAAACCUCAAAACAAUGUGAAAAACCUCUGCCGUUUAAUAACUGCGAUAUUACUCAUCUUUCUGAUAGGAUUCCUUGUGGGUUACCUGGCAUUCAGAGGACGAAUGCAGAAAGGAAGCCCCAUUAACCCAACGAUACCUCCACUGAGCAGUGAAGCUCUAUCCAAGUCCUCUACAGGCUCCAGUACUGAAGCUCCAGACGAUUAUCAGGAUAAUGAAGAGGACUCAAACUUGUACUUUCCCGAUAUUAAGAAAAUGCUGCAAGAGAAUCUGAAAUCAUCAAAACUGGUGGAUGAAAUUUGGAAAGUCUCUAAUAUGAACAACCAUGAGACUGGAACAGAUGGAGAUCAUCAACUUGCCCAUUACAUCCUUACAAAUCUAACUGAUUAUCUUGGUGAGACAAACGUAUGGUCCGAUAGUCACUACGUGAAUCUACAGGUCAGCGGAACCCCCAAUAAAAUCAAGAUAGCUUCCAAUGUAAGUCAACAGGAGAUAUCUCAGGAAUCCAAGAACUCUCCGGUAUACUGUGCAUACAGUGAAACUGGGGCUUUCAAGGGAAAAUUGGUAUAUGCCAAUUAUGGAACUAAAGCUGACUUUGAAGACUUGACAAAGAUGGUCGUAGGGACGAUCAGUGGCACUAUUGUCAUUGUUCGAGCAGGAAUAAUCAGCUUUGCUGAGAAGGUUUAUAAUGCUGAGAAGAUGAAAGCAGGAGCAGUUCUGAUCUACCCAGAUUUUGAAUAUUUUAGAGACAUAGCCAUAUUUGGGCAUGUUCAUGCUGGUUUGGGUGAUCCAUUCACUCCUGGAUUCCCAUCCUUCAAUCACACACAGUUCCCCCCAACUAAAUCUUCAGGGCUUCCUGGAAUUUUGGCUCAUUCUAUUAGUACCAACACCGCUGCUAAGCUUUUCAGUUCAAUGAGUGGUCCCAGUACUCCAGAUGCCUGGAAGGGUGCAGUUUUUCCAUCCAAAAUUGGACCAGGGCAUGAAAAGAAUGAAAUGGAAGUCAUGUUGGAAGUGAACAACGUUAAUACAGUCAAACAGAUUCACAACGUCUUUGGUGUUAUUAAGGGUAAUGAAGAACCUGAUCAUUACAUUUUGAUUGGGGCGCAGCGUGACUCCUAUGGUCCUGGAGCUGCAGAGUCUGGAGUGGGUACAGCACUGUUGUUGGAGCUGGCACGAGUCUUUUCCAAGAUGGUUCAAGAUGGAUUUAAACCCAGAAGAAGCAUCAUCUUUGCCAGCUGGAGCGGAGGUGCUUUUGGAUCUGUUGGAGCUACCGAGUGGCUGGAGGGUUUUAUGUCUAUGUUGCAUUUGAAGGUUUGUGCCUACUUCAGCCUUGACAAAGCAGUGCUUGGUGGAGAUAUGAUUAAAGCUUUUGGCAGCCCAUUGAUGUUCAGUCUGAUUGAAAAUGCCAUGAUGGGGGUUAAAAGCCCUAUGCAAAGUUCAGAAACCAUCUAUGAAAGAACAACAGCACGUAACCACGAAUGGGAGAAAGCAGUUCUGACCCCAAUCCCCAUGGACACCAGUGUUUACGCAUUUCUUGUAAUUGGUGGGAUCCCAUCUGUUGGUCUCAGAUUUGCUAAAGAGAAUUCCUACCAGUAUAAUGGCACAAUGCUGGAUACAACAGACAAACUCAUAACUUUUGUUGAUCACAGACUAGAGGAAGUAAGCCGUGCCAUGGCUGAAAUGAUUGGACAUAUGGUCAUCAAGCUAACGCAUGACCAUCAUCUCCCACUCGAUUACAGAAGAUAUACUGAUGAGCUUGUCAAUGUUGCUAUGAAGAUAGAUGAGUACAACGAAGAACUGAAUAACUACAAGCUGGACGCAAUGUGGUUCUUCUCGGCUAAAGGGGACUACUACCGAGCAGCCCAGGCACUGGAAGAUGAAACAAAACAAUCUGAUCUGACAAAUGUGUUACUAACAAGGUCCCACAACAACCGGAUUAUGAGGGUGGAGUACAACUUCCUCUCUACUUUUGUCUCUCAAAGUAGUUGCCCGUUCAGGCAUCUGCUAUAUGGCAACGCGAAUCACACCAUCUCUGGUAUUGUUGAACGACUGAAGCUCCUCAGAGAGAACCGUAACCUGACCGACAUCAAUCUGAUCCGAACCGAUUUGGCUUAUGCCACCUGGACCAUCCAGGGAGCAGCCAAUGCACUCAGCGGUGAGAUCUGGACCAUUAAGAACAUCUUCUGAUUUACAUCAGAAGUAUCUGAUGGUGCUUCUUCUCUUCGGAAAUCUCUGUAGAUCCCAUUGUCUUCUCGGAAAUCUCUGUAGAUCCUGUCAUUGCCAGAGUUUUAAAUGGCAUUAAAUAACCAGGGCGUUAAUGUAUCUAGUAUUUUAGGAAUUUGCUGGCCACAUCAUUGCCUGUCGCUUUUAAAUUCCAAAAAAACGGAAAUGCAUUAAUGUUCUGAUUGGAAGAUCGGAUUCUAUGGAGGUGGUGUGAUCAUCAACCACAGAAUUAAUUUGGAAGUUUUAUACGUUGUGUCUUGUUUUCAAAAAGACUUGAGUUGAUUUGUUGUAUCUCUUACGUAAAAAAGAGUGCAAAUGAUUAUCAUACAAAAUCUGAAGUAUGUGCAUUAUAGACACCUUCUUAGAUGUCUUAAGGGAUUUGUUUUAAUUCCAGCAGUAAAACUGAGAGGAUAGUAAAUUGCUCAGCUACUUGUUGGCCCUUGUUAAUCAGUACUCCAUAAGGUUGCCUCUUAAAAAAAAUCCUCCGAGUCUGUAGAACAUCGUCUUGCAGAACAGAGUCCACAGUACACCCUCUCCGAGAUCCCAAAGCACUAUUUAUUACUUUGUGCAAUGUUGAGUAAAGGCAUACUUAACAUGGAAUAUCUUGUACAAGUUCGUAAUUAAUCUGAUGUCGCUCCACCUAAUCCCAAUCCUUGUACAAAGGUAAUGACAAAAUUAAUCACUUGUACUUAUGUAGCCCAUUUCACAUAAAAAGAAAUGUAAAACAUUGAGAUGUCUCAAAGCCCUUCAAAUG